AGCUUUUGCAACAAGAACGGGCAUUGUCAUCCUGGAUCCCGUUGUUUGCACCCCAAUGGAGUGCAUUCCAUGGACCGAGAAUAUCAUUUUGCUUUCCGACAGCUACAAGGUGAGCCACUGGAAGCAGUACCCACCAGGAACACAAUAUGUUUACAGCUAUUUUGAGAGCCGUGGGUGCGACAACGCUGGAUGGAAUGAAGUGGUCUUUUUCGGGCUGCAGUACUUCAUCAAGCGCUACUUGCUUGGUCCUGUCGUCACCAAGGACAAGAUUGAUGAGGCUGCUGAAAUCUAUUCUCAGCACUUUGGAGAUGGGGUGAAUGACAAUCCUUCGAUGUUCUACCGCGAAGGCUGGGAGUACAUCUUGAAGGAGCAUGGUGGCAGGCUGCCGGUUGAAAUCAAGGCUGUUCCAGAAGGAAUGGUCGUCCCUACAAAGACAGUGCUCUUCACGUUGGUCAACACGGACCCCAAAUGCUUUUGGUUGACCAACUUCCUGGAGACGCUCCUGGUUCAGGUUUGGUAUCCUAUGACAGUGGCGACCCAGAGCCGCUAUCAGAAGACGUCGAUCGCCAAGUACAUGGAGGAGACAGGUAACGAGCAGUGGGAUGUACCCAACGGCGUGACCUUCAAGCUGCACGACUUCGGCUUCCGCGGCGUGUCCUCUGUGGAGUCAGCAGCCAUAGGCGGCUGCGCGCACUUGGUGAACUUUCUUGGCACUGAUACUGUAGCCUCCAUGAUUUGUGCCCGUGACUACUACGGCUCCAAGAAGGCUGCGGGUGGUUCCAUUCCAGCUUCAGAGCACUCGACAAUCACAUCUUGGGGUGUUGAUGGCGAGUGUGAUGCGAUGAGGAACAUGUUGGAAUCCUAUCCCGAGGGCUUGGUUGCAUGCGUAUCUGAUUCAUUUGACAUUUGGCGCGCUUGCAAAGACUACUGGGGCGACAAACUGAAGGAUUUGAUCAAAGGGCGCAUCACCGACACGAAGUUCGGUCGAUUGGUGGUCCGCCCGGACAGUGGUGACCCUGCUGAGACAUGCUGCUCAAUCUUGAAGAUUUUGCUGGAGCAGUUCAAGGAGGACGUCACAGAAACCAAAACAGGACACAAGCUUCUUCCGCCUUACAUUCGUGUCAUCCAGGGCGAUGGAGUGGACUGGGAAUCCAUCCCCAAGAUCCUUGAGAAGCUGAAGAAGGAGAAGAUUGCCGCAGACAACAUCGCUUUCGGCAGUGGUGGAGCUUUGCUGCAAAAGUUGAACCGAGACACCUUCAAAUGUGCUUUCAAGUGUGCUGAAAUCACCAUCAACGGAGAGAGCCGAGAUGUGUUCAAGGACCCCAUCACCGACAAGGGCAAGGCCUCCAAGAAGGGCCGCUUGACGCUCCAGUUGGCUUCCGAGACAACUGGCUUCUCCGAUAGUGACAAGUACAAGCCCCGCUCGGAUGCAAACCCAGUUCCAGGUGGCACGGGCUUCUUGCACUACAGCACAGAUGGCAAGUACGUCACCGUUUCGAGCGGAAAGGGAGAUCCCAAGAAGGACAUUAUGGUCGAUGUCUUCAAGAAUGGAAGCCUUCUUGUGGACUACACGCUGGAACAGAUUCGAGCCAAAGCAGACAUCAAGAAUGGACCUUUCGGUGGAGGUGCCGCGUGAGGUCCGGGUGCAACCAAAGUGUAGGCAGCAUGCAUUUCCCAUGGUUUUUUGCCUCAACUGUCAGAGAUGCCCCCAGAUGAGCAUGCUUUAAUUCAUUUCUAAAG